AUGCCUAAUGUUCCAACAACUAAUUGCAAGUUGGUUUUUGGUACUGAUGGAAAUCUUUGUGCACAAACACUUAGUGGACAAGUUUCAUGGUGUACAUAUUCGCAUCAGCUUGAUGGAAGAUACUUUGGAUUGGCACCUGCCUUUACAACAACCCAAAUUGGUUUCUAUGUCCUCAAUUCCAAAGGUAGAAUGGUGUACGGUAGAUUCACAUCACUACAAGAAAGAUCAAACCUGAAGAUGAUCCCAGGAAGUUUCAUUGUUGCAAACAAUCAAGAGUAUUAUCCAGAGACUGAAGAUAGAAUUAUCAAUGAAGGAGGUGUUUUGACAAAUGGAAAAUCAUAUAUCAGGUUGGAGAGUAACGGUCAACUUGCUGUAUAUGACUCGAAUCCAUAUAAUGCAGUUACACCACAACCAAUAGUACUCUGGAGAUCAGAUUUACCAGCUGUUGCACCGACAAGACCAUUCUAUGCUCAACUUGAAUCCACUGGUAUUGUUGUGGUUGGUGCCAACGUUCGUUACUUAGCAGGCAAACUAAAUGUUGCAAGUGCAACCGCAUUCCAAAUGAAUUGGAUGGGUUCCACUCGUUCUGAUGAUUGGGGAUUCUCUUUCAUCAAGGAUACAAAGAUUAUUGAUGGAUACUUGUCAAAACCUGGAGUAUGGUCAAACUACCAACAAAUCGAAAAUAAUCCUCUAAAGAAUUUUGCAAAUGGAUACUUCGGUGUCAAAUGGGAUGACCAAACUGGAAUUAUUGCAGCAAAAGACUCUCAAACAGGUGAAGUUCUAUGGACAAGUCCAACCACCAACAUACCACAGAAACUAUGUGGAAGAUAUUAUGCUGAUUUUGGUAUUUACUUUACUCCAGCUAUGCCUAGUCUUUGUGUGUAUUCUUCUACUGUAGCUAGUUCGUGUACAUUUCUAUCGUAUUGGUGUCAAAAGUUCCCACUUACAACCUACUACAUUCAAGCACCAUCUGGUGUUCCUGAAUUCAUUGCUACCAACAUCGAUGGAAGAAUCACUUGGACUGCAAACUCUAUAAAAUAUUUACAACUCACUAAAUAA